UUCAUAUCCACCGUUGCCACCAGCAACAUCGAAUAUGUCUGAAUCUUUAAUCCCCCAAGUAUCUGGUCAUAUCCUUUUCUUCCAGACGACAACCUUCAACUGAAGACUUCGUCCCAUCCCCAGUCCUGUCCUUUCCCAACCCCCCCCUCCCCGACAAGUAUCCAAGGUAAGUAGCAAGGGAAGUAUUCUGUGCAAAUCAGUCAAGAUGAUGAGACACAGACACGGGGCGAUCCAUUAUGGGGGCCCGAGUGCGCGUGGAAAUGCAGUUGCCCCGAGAGGCGCUGCUGGCAGUGCUGCGGCUGACGUUCAGAAUUUGAACGCGGGAUACAACAACGCUGGGACCCAGGGGCCGACUGGAGCGGGAAAUGAGUAUGGAUAUGUGGGGGACGGUCGGUCUGGGAAUGAUUAUGGGUCGUAUCAUGCGGGCCAGAGUCAGCAGGAUUCAGACGCAAGUGCGAAGGAGACAGACACUGCGGAGGGCUCAAGCCAGCAGAACGGAUCGAGCCAGAAGUCCAGCACGGAUGGCAGUGUCGCUCAGGGUCAGACGCAGCAGAGCCCGGAACUCGCUCAGAGCCAGGGUGAAACCCAAGGGCAGGUUGGAGCGAAUAGUCAGACUCAGGGCCAAAGCCAGCCACAGAAUGCGCAGAAUGCACAGAAUGCGCAGAGCCAGCAGGGGUCUGCUUCUACAAAAGGUCAAUAUCAAUCCGAUCAGGCUCAGGCUGGAUCUGGAUAUUACAACGCGUACUCGAACCAGCAGGCAUCCCAGAAAGACGCGUCCAAUGCAGCCAGCAAUGGCUACAGUCAAUCCAAGCAACCCCAAGCCAACGAGCAGAGCCAACAGAGUCCGCAAAACGUGCAAACCACCAAGCAGAACAGCCAACAGAAUCCCCAGCAGAGCAACAAUCACUCGUCCAACAACCCCCUAUAUCAUGCCCCCCAGCAGAACACGCCCAAAGAGCCUGUCUACUCCGAUUAUAAAAACGGCCAAUACCGUCCUCAGCUGUACAACAAUCCCCCGCACAAUUCGCCUUUGCCAGACCCAAGCAUCGCAUCCAGUGCAGCCACCGACCAUCCCACCCACACUGCCGCCACUGGCAUUGCUACCCACACGGCUCUUCCCACCGAAAGCAAUCCGACGACAAUGCCCACUCUUGCUUCCGGCUCCGGUGGCCAUAAAAUGGGCGCAGGCGAGACUGCUGCUGCCGCUGCCAGUGUGGUCGUCGUGGUCGGAGGUAUUGCCGGAUUUAUCCUCGUCUGGCUGCACAGGAAGAACCGUCAGCGUCGGGCCUUGUACGGACCAAAAUACGGCAUGGAGAAGCGUGUGCCUGUUUCACCCAAAGCACCCAAGGUCGCCAAAGCCCUCAAGAUUGGAAAGUCUCCCAAACCCCCCAAGGAACCCAAGCCCCCAAAGGCCCCGAAGCCGCCCAAAGAGCCCAAAGAACCGCAAGGGCCUUCUUUCGUUCAGAGAGGAGCGUCAACUGUUGGCUCUGCGAUGGCUGGUGCUGCUUUGACAGUCAUCACCAUGUUCAAGCUUCUUCGCAAGCCAAAGGGCUCCUCGCCGUAUCCGCAGGUCAUCAUGCAUCACAACAACACCACCGAGAUGUUGAACGAGACCUUCAACAACGAGAGCAAAUGGUCCUUCCCCCAACUCAGCAUCAAUCCCGGAAAGUCUCCCAACUUGAUCUCCAACUGUUCCACGCCUACAUUGAUCGUGUCUCCGACUUCGGAAAGUUUCGCCCGAGAUGGAGGAAGACUCCGCCAUGUGCCCUCUGGCCGAGCAGACCGUGUCGACCACCCUGGCACGGCCGAAGCAAGCACCGGAUCGCUGAGAAGCUACCGUCCAGCACCUUCGGAAGCUGAGGUCGACCAUGCUAGUCGACCGGAGAGUCCAAACGUGGGUUCAUCUGCCAGUUCCACAUACGACUUCACAGCCAGCCGUGGCGAUCUACUGGCCAUCACCAGCAUCACACCGUCCCUGGCCAAUCUGUAUCGUGUCGACAUGUCGUUUACUCCAACCAAGCCUGGACACAUCGAGUUGCGGGAAGGACAAAGCGUUCGAAUUCAACAAUCGUACGACAAUGGUUGGGUCCUCUGCUCAUUAUCCGACAAGAGCCAAGAAGGAAUAGCCCCAAGGGCCUGUCUCUCCUCGUGGCCCAUCCGAGUCCAAGGAACCAGCUUGCGAGAAGUUCCCCGCGACGGCGCCCCAUCCCCCGACGCAGGCAGUUCUCCAGGGACACCGCGCUUCUAUUCCCAAUUCUUUUCAACCUCGACCACCAAUCUGUGAUUGUGCGGUACUUUAAAGAAAAAGAAAAGUGAUGUUAUUUUCUAUUCCACUUUGUUAGGUUACAUUUAUCUUUCUAGGGUCUUCUGGCCAUAUGAUGACGGCGUUGGGAAACCGGGGAGAUGCUAGGUCGAUUUGUUUUGGUCAUCAUGUUUUAAUCAAGUUUUAUGUUUAAUUAUCGAUACUAUAAUGUAGAGCAUUGCUCGUUGACUGGUACUUUUCAUAUUCGGUCUGGUGAACGUUAAUGCUGCUUCUGCCUUUCAAACCACACAACCCCC